AUGUCUAGACCAAAGCCUAAAGCUUAUGAUCGGCUAAACAAUUUUAUUAAAGAAUUCGGUGAAACAAUAUUUUUGGCAGAUAACUCUGUUUUAUUUUGUAAAAUAUGUGACAUUAAAGUUAGUGCUGAGAAAAGAUUUACUGUUAUUCAACAUAUUAAAACAGCAAAAUACAUCCAGGGUUUAAAUCGACUACAAUUGAAACCAACUAAAACUCAGCAACUUGUAUCCACGUCUUUCUCCAAGAAAAACGAUUUUAAUAGAGACUUAUGUAAAGCGAUGUUAUCAGCCAAUAUACCAUUGUAUAAACUGGAAAAUAAACAUUUUCGAGAAUUUUUGGAGCUAUACACUAAAAAAGAAAUACCGAAAGAAGCCACUCUCCGUAAAGCUAUAAGAGUAUUACGAAAAAAAAAACGUGCGAAUCGAAGAUGGUGGGUUCAUCCAAUAAAUAGUGAACGAUUGUUAAGUGGUACAUUUUACAAUCUUUACAACAUGCUAAGAGCUGACAAUGAAAAAUUUUUCAAUUAUUUUCGCAUGUCACAAAGUACAUUUAACGAGCUAUUCAACAAAAUUAAGUCUAAAAUAAUGCGUCAAGAUACAGUUAUGAGAUCUGCGAUACCAGCAGAAGAGAUGUUGGCCGUUACUUUGAGGUACCUGGGUAGUACAAACAGUCUUCAAGAUUUACACUACGAAUAUAGAAUUGGUAGAUCGACUUUAUGUGGUAUUAUACGGAGAGUGUGUUCGCAAAUAUGGGAAGUUAUGCACAAUGAAUGUGCUAUUGAUGGAAAGCACAUUAGAGUUAUCAAACCACAUGGAAGUGGGUCUCAUUAUUUUAACUACAAACAUUUUUUUUCUGUAGUUUUAUUAGCAGUGGUUGAUUCUAAUUAUUGUUUCACAUUUAUUGAUGUUGGUUCAUUUGGCAAAGAUUCAGACCCUACAAUUUUUAAAAACUCAACUUUAUAUAAGAAACUACAAAAUGAUUCACUAAACAUUCCAAAACCUAAUCUAAUACGUGGUAUUCAGAUACCUAUGCCAUAUGCAUUUGUGGGCGAUGAAGCGUUUGGGUUAUCUACAAAUAUGUUAAGACCAUAUGCAGGAAAAUGUUUACCAAUCAAUAAAAGGAUUUUCAACUAUCGACUUUCACGUGCUCGACGCUAUGUUGAGUGUGCGUUUGGAAUUUUAUCCAAUAAAUGGAGAAUAUUUCACCGCGCAAUAGAUGUUGAUAUAGAAUUAGCAAUUGAUAUUGUCAAAUGUUGUUGUGUUUUGCAUAAUUUUGUUCGCGCACGUGAUGGAUAUGAAUUUGAAGAUUCUCUUAUGGUAACUGGUAUGGACGAUAUUGAACUAGAUAAUAAUUUAAACGUAAACAGAUCUAAUAACAGAUAUCGGGAUGCAAAUGACAAAUUAUUUCAAUAG